AUGGAGUUUCCGCAACAUGUUCUGGUUGUGCCAUUUCCAGCACAAGGCCAUGUAAUGCCGCUUAUGAAGCUAGCAUACAACUUGGCUUAUCAAGGAGUCAAGGUCACAUUUGCCAAUAUCACAUUUGUUGAAGCAAAGAUUCUUGCUGCAAUGUCCGAAGCAGACAAGGAACAAUGUCCCAUACGGCUAGUGUCUUACUCUGACGGAUUGGAGGCGUGUCCUGAAGAAAGAAAUGGUCCGGGGCUGAUAACUAGCCUCAAAAAGGUGAUGCCAAAAAAUAUAGAAAAAUUAAUUGAGCAGAUUAAUCAGUCGGAUAACAAGGAGCCGAUUACUUGUGUCAUGGCGGAUUUAACAGCUGGAUGGACAUUACAAGUUGCUAGUAAAAUGGGGCUGAAACAGGUUGCAGUUUGGCCUGCAGGACCAGCUUCUCUGGUUCAAGUUUCAACAAUGAAAAAUGAGCUGAUUUGUUUAUCAGAAGGAAUUCCUGCGUGGAAUAGCUGGGAGCUCACUUGGAGUACACCUGGUAAUCCAGCAUUACAAAAAUCUCUGUUCGAGUUUUCUGUAGCUAUUAAUCAAGCUGUCAAAUUUGCUGCUGAAAAUGGAACCAUUGUUCUCUGCAACACAUGGUACGAACUCGACUCCUCCUCUUGUUCCAUGAUUCCUAACAUCCUUCCAAUCGGUCCUCUAGCCGCGAUAAGAACCUUACGCCCUUCUGGUGGAACCUUUUUGUCUCAAGACUCAACUUGUUUAAGCUGGCUAGACAAACAACCUUCAAACUCCGUCAUUUAUAUUGCUUUUGGCAGCACAGCAGUGUUUAGUCAGAAACAGUUUGAUGAAUUAGCACUCGGUCUUGAACUAUCAGGCCACUCGUUUUUAUGGGUUGUGCGACCAAACAUUGUCAGUGGAUCAUCUCAUGAGUACUACCCUGACAAUUUUCUGGAAAGAAUAGCUAGUCGUGGAAUGAUUGUCAAAUGGGCGCCUCAAGAAAAGGUUCUUGCUCAUCCUUCGAUUUCUUGUUUCUUUUCUCAUUGUGGUUGGAACUCAACAAUGGAGGGAGUGAGCAAUGGUGUCCCGUUUUUGUGCUGGCCUUAUCUAUGGGAUCAAUUCGAUAAUAAGAAAUAUAUUUGUGAAAUGUGGAAAGUUGGGUUAGCACUUGAUUGUGAUGAAGAUGGGAUCAUAUCGAGACAUGAGAUCAAGACAAAGAUUAAUAAUCUGGUAACCAAUGAUGGUAUGAAGAUGAAUGCCAAGAAGCUUAUGGAGGAUGCUAAAAAGAGUGUGAGCCAAGGUGGUGGUUCUUAUGAGAAUUUUAAGAGCUUGGUCAAGUACCUAGGAGCCUAA